CGCGCACGUUGGGCCGCCCGCUGAUUGGCUGGCUCCCUCCGAGCGUCCGGUCGGCGGCGGCGGUUGAGGCCUAGGCAUUCCGCGCAGGCGCAGGCGGCGGCUCGCGCUCGUUCAGUCGCUCGCUCUGAGGGGCGAAGAGGCCUCGUCUUCUGCCGCGCCGUUUGCCGCCUCCGUGAGGGGAGAAGGGGAAGGAGCCGCCCCAGCCACCGCUUCAGCCGCCGCUUCAGCCACCGCCGCCGCCAUCAUGAGCGUGGAGGCGUACGGGCCCAGCUCCCAGACGCUGACUUUCCUGGACACGGAGGAGGCCGAGCUGCUGGGCGCCGACACGCAGGGCUCCGAGUUCGAGUUCACCGACUUCACGCUGCCCAGCCAGACCCAGACGCCGCCCGGAGGAGGAGGAGGAAGCGGCGGGGCCUCCGCGCAGGGCAACCCCGGAGGAGUCUCGGCAGGAGGAGGAGGAGCCGGCGGGCCGCCCUCCGUCGCCCUCUCGCCGGGGCAGCUGGACGCCCAGGUGAAUGGGCCUGACGGCAUCCUGCAAAAUGGAGCAGUGGAUGAUAAUGUGCCUAAGACCAGCCAACUCCUUGCUGAACUCAAUUUUGAGGAAGACGAGGAAGACACUUACUACACCAAGGACCUUCCAGUUCAUGCUUGCAGCUACUGUGGCAUCCAUGACCCAGCUUGCGUUGUCUACUGCAACACCAGCAAGAAGUGGUUCUGCAAUGGGCGUGGGAAUACGUCUGGCAGCCAUAUUGUGAACCACCUUGUGAGAGCCAAAUGUAAGGAAGUGACACUGCACAAGGAUGGCCCUCUGGGUGAGACGGUCCUGGAGUGCUACAACUGUGGCUGCCGCAACGUGUUCCUCCUGGGUUUCAUCCCUGCUAAGGCAGACUCUGUGGUCGUCUUGCUGUGCAGGCAGCCUUGUGCCAGUCAGAGCAGCUUGAAGGACAUCAACUGGGACAGUUCUCAGUGGCAGCCUCUGAUUCAAGACCGCUGCUUCCUUUCCUGGCUGGUCAAAAUCCCUUCCGAGCAGGAGCAGCUGAGGGCGCGUCAGAUCACUGCCCAGCAAAUCAACAAGCUGGAAGAGCUCUGGAAGGAGAACCCCUCUGCCACCCUCGAAGACUUGGAGAAGCCUGGCGUUGACGAAGAGCCACAGCACGUCCUCCUCCGAUAUGAGGAUGCUUAUCAGUACCAAAACAUAUUUGGGCCUCUGGUCAAACUUGAGGCCGACUACGACAAGAAACUGAAGGAGUCCCAGACACAGGACAACAUCACUGUGAGAUGGGAUCUGGGCUUGAACAAGAAAAGGAUUGCCUACUUCACCUUGCCAAAGACGGAUUCAGAUAUGCGCCUGAUGCAGGGGGAUGAGAUCUGCCUGAGGUACAAAGGGGAUUUGGCCCCGCUGUGGAAAGGAAUCGGCCACGUGAUUAAAGUUCCUGAUAGUUUUGAAGAUUACGGUGACGAAAUUGCGAUCGAGCUGAGGAGCAGUGUCGGAGCCCCCGUGGAAGUGACCCACAACUUCCAAGUGGACUUUGUGUGGAAGUCGACUUCCUUUGACAGGAUGCAGAGUGCCCUCAAGACUUUUGCUGUGGAUGAAACCUCCGUCUCUGGCUACAUCUAUCACAAGCUCCUGGGUCACGAGGUGGAGGAUGUCAUUAUCAAAUGUCAGCUGCCGAAGCGCUUCACAGCACAAGGACUUCCUGACCUCAACCAUUCUCAGGUGUAUGCUGUGAAGACUGUCCUGCAGCGUCCCUUGAGUCUCAUCCAGGGCCCUCCCGGAACAGGCAAGACUGUCACCUCGGCCACCAUUGUGUACCAUCUGGCCAGGCAAGGAAAUGGGCCCGUGCUGGUUUGUGCCCCGAGCAACAUAGCCGUGGACCAGCUGACGGAGAAGAUCCACCAGACGGGGCUGAAGGUGGUGCGCCUGUGUGCAAAGAGUCGUGAGGCCAUUGACUCCCCUGUCUCUUUCCUUGCCCUGCACAACCAGAUCAGGAACAUGGAUAGCAUGCCUGAGCUCCAGAAGCUGCAGCAGCUGAAAGACGAGACUGGGGAACUGUCCUCUGCAGAUGAGAAGCGCUACCGGGCCCUGAAGCGGACGGCGGAGCGGGAGUUGCUCAUGAAUGCAGAUGUCAUCUGCUGCACCUGCGUGGGAGCCGGGGACCCAAGACUGGCGAAGAUGCAGUUCCGCUCCAUCUUGAUUGACGAGAGCACCCAGGCCACGGAGCCAGAGUGCAUGGUGCCAGUUGUCCUCGGGGCAAAGCAACUGAUCCUGGUGGGCGACCACUGCCAGCUUGGCCCUGUUGUGAUGUGCAAGAAGGCGGCGAAAGCAGGCCUCUCCCAGUCGCUCUUUGAGCGGCUGGUGGUGCUGGGCAUCAGGCCCAUCCGCCUGCAGGUGCAGUACCGUAUGCACCCAGCCCUGAGCGCUUUCCCAUCCAACAUCUUUUAUGAGGGGUCUCUCCAGAACGGUGUCACCGCAGCGGACCGUGUGAAGAAGGGAUUUGACUUCCAGUGGCCCCAGCCAGACAAGCCCAUGUUUUUCUAUGUGACCCAAGGGCAAGAAGAGAUUGCAAGUUCUGGGACUUCUUACCUGAACAGGACGGAGGCUGCCAACGUGGAGAAGAUCACCACCAAGCUGCUGAAGGCUGGUGCGAAGCCAGAUCAGAUUGGCAUCAUCACCCCCUACGAGGGCCAGCGCUCCUACCUGGUGCAGUAUAUGCAGUUCAGCGGCUCUCUGCACACCAAACUCUACCAGGAAGUGGAAAUAGCCAGCGUUGACGCUUUCCAAGGGCGCGAGAAGGACUUCAUUAUCCUGUCCUGUGUUAGAGCCAACGAGCAUCAAGGCAUUGGCUUCCUGAAUGACCCCAGGCGCCUCAAUGUGGCUCUCACCAGAGCAAGGUAUGGUGUCAUCAUUGUUGGGAACCCGAAAGCGCUUUCCAAGCAGCCCCUCUGGAACCACUUGCUGAACUACUACAAGGAGCAGAAAGUGCUGGUCGAGGGGCCCCUGAACAACCUCCGUGAGAGCCUCAUGCAGUUCAGCAAGCCUCGGAAGCUGGUCAAUACCAUCAACCCUGGAGCCCGGUUCAUGACAACUGCCAUGUAUGAUGCCCGUGAAGCUAUCAUCCCUGGAUCGGUGUAUGAUCGCAGCAGCCAAGGCCGGCCCUCCAACAUGUACUUCCAAACCCACGACCAGAUCGGGAUGAUCAGUGCCGGGCCCAGCCACGUCACCGCCAUGAACAUCCCCAUCCCCUUCAACUUGGUGAUGCCUCCCAUGCCUCCCCCUGGCUAUUUUGGACAGGCCAAUGGGCCUGCUGCCGGACGUGGGAACCCAAAAGGCAAGACCAGCCGUGGUGGGCGCCAGAAAAACCGCUUUGGGAUCCCAGGGGCCGGUCAGUCAAACCUCCCCAACAGCCAGGCCAGCCAGGACGUGGUCUCCCAGCCGUUCUCUCAGGGCCCUUUGACUCAGGGCUACAUCUCCAUGAGCCAGCCGUCUCAGAUGAGCCAGCCAGGCUUGUCCCAGCCAGAGCUGUCGCAGGAUAGUUACCUUGGUGACGAGUUCAAAUCUCAGAUCGACGUGGCCCUGUCGCAGGACUCUACUUACCAGGGGGAACGCGCAUAUCAACACGGAGUGACGGGACUGUCACAAUAUUAGAGUGUAAGGUUGAAGGAGAAGAGCUAAGCUGAUGUGGAGCUUAGUUCAACAGCAUUUUAUUCUGGGUAAUAAAAAUAAAAUAAAAUGGAUACCUGUUUUCCACUGCUAAAACUGAAGCAACUCUGUGAGAGCAACAGGAGAGAGAGAGGAAGAGGGAGAGGAAGAGAGAAACCAACGGAGAGGAGAGCGAAGAGCACGCGAGCGAGAGGAAGAGAGAGAGCCCACUGCUAGCUCACUGAGACAAGGAGAUUGACCAGGCGGAGGUGGGAAGAGAGAGAGCAACGGAGGACCGACUGGCGCCUCGCUGGGAGGGGGAGUCAACUCGCCCCGGAAGAGCAGAGUGGUCAGCAGAGUUCCCUGUCCUCCCCCCGUCAACACACACUGAGAGAGAGAGAGAUAUUCAGAGAGAGAGAGAGAGAGAGAGAAGAGCCUUGGAAGCAAGCUUCUGUUCUUGUGAGCAGGGCGGGGAGAGGAAAGCCCCCAUCUCAGAGUUGUUUGCGUACCCACCUCUCUUUUCCCCCUUUCAACCAGAAGUGGCAUCUGUUGGCAUCUUCUUAAAGGAGCAAGUGUACCAUCAUCAUCAUCACCAGCCUCGUCCACCCAAGAGGGCCCCAAUCCUCCCGAGCUCGUGGGAAAGCCAGCCGGCUGGUACCCUACUCUGAGAUGCGUGGUUUUGCUGUCCAGGAUCCAGCUUCGAACCUCACAUGUGUGUGGUGUCACCCGCGUCCUGAAUGGACUUAAUAAGAUGGGGUGUUUCUUUUUUUUCUUUUUUUUCCCUUAAAAAGAAAAAGAGAUUCUUGCAAAAGAAGCACUGGAUAUUUUUUUAGAAGUUUGUCUCUGAAAUCUUAGUAGUGGACCUGGGCGGGGGGAAAAUCCUUGUUCUGAGAAGCUUAAAAAAAAGAUAUAUAUAUAUAAAGUUUAACGCUUAAAAAUUAGAACACCACUCUUUUUAAGAUCUUUUUUCAGUGUGAUUUCAGUCAAUCAGCCUCUUCUUCAGAUGGUAGGGUAGCAGUGAGCAAGGAAAGCCAGCACAUCCCUGCAGCGAGGCAGAAGAUGGUUCAAGUGUGUGUUUUUUUGUCUUGCUUUCAAUUGGCUUCUGCCUGGGCUCUGCUCUGUGUGAUGACAACAAGUGGUUGUUGUUGUUUUUCUUUUCUGUAAGACUUUCCAUGCGCUUCACGAGAACAGGGAGUGGGUGCCUGUGCCCUUUUGCCCACCCCCGCCCACCCCCAAGAGGGGGGAAACAAAAAAGGACACUGCUUUUUCUCGCCUCCCACCCAAAAACAGUAGUGGAAACUGGGGAUUAUAUUGGUUUUGAAGUAAAGACUCUUAACAAAGAUACUUUCGAGGCAGGUUGGGUGGGGCGGGCAGGCUGAGAGCGGGAGGUGGCUGCGGAGAAGUGGGUCUCAUUCUUGGAGCAUAUAUCGGGGUGGGGGGGUUGUCGUUGGGGGUUUUGUGCAGCGGUGGAGUGAGUUCAACGCCAGGCAUUUAAACCAAUCUUGAGGCGACGUCUGGUGGGGGGGGGGUCACAAGCCUUCGCUGGUGGAGUCCUUCAAACUACAACUGCUAUGAAUCUGGCUGGGAAAGGGCACCCCCUUGGGGGGAGGGAAAACGCCGCCUUGCUGCACUUGUAGCAAAAAGCAUUCUUUUAUCUGCAUCAAAAGCUUUCUAGGAAAAAAGCUGAAGUAGGAUUUCCUGUUUAACCUCCUGCCCCCCCCCCCAGCCUGGUGAUCCAUAAAUGUCACAGUGCCCUUUACCUCUCUGAAACACUUUGAUCUGCCUUCUAGAUGUGAUUCCCCCCCUUCUUUUAAACCGCUUGUGAAUUAAUUUUCCAUAGUCAAAGGGCUCUUAGCAUCUGUUUAGCUUUUGUGUGUACUGAGGAACUCGAGGUUAACUUAACAUGAAUGUACUUAAGAGAACUCCCUGCGCUUUUUUUUCUUUUUUCUUUAAAAAAAAAAAAGAAUAGAGAUUUUGGAAAUCUGUCUUUCUCGUUCCUCUUCUUCUCCCCCCACCCCACCAAAGAAAAAGAGCAGCCCUGCCCCAUCCUUCUGCAAGAGGUGUGCCUGGCCUCCUUGGUAUCCAUUAGACCUGACAACCUGGAGGGAGGUGGGGGGCAAGCAGGGAGGCUCAGAGGGCCUGGUACUCCAGUUCCCACCCCACUGGGUAGGCUAUGUUGGCUGCGUAGGUUUUCAAAGCUAGCCUUUUAAGCGCUUUUGUCUCUUUUCUGUGCAAGGCGAUCUGCUGAGUAAAGAUAUUCCUUCCCCCCACCCCCAAAUCCUUCUGUGGCUGCCCGAUUCCUCCCUCCCCUCCUCACAUUUUGCUAGUUAGCACCUGCUUGCUUCUGCUUUGUGCUGGGUUACUUUCCCCCUCCCCUUUGUAGCAGUUAAAAUAAAAUCCUUUUGAGUUUUUAUAUAAAUCCAUUUAAAGAAAAAAGAAAAAACAUCAGUGCUAGCACCGUGUUUAUUUUCAUUUUUAUUUUUUUCCAUCUCAAGUUUGCUUUAAAAUCUGUUUGUCAUCAAAUUAAUAAAGAGCCUCUUGCAUUCA